AUGGGCAUCCCAGAGAAGGGCCGAUUUGACUACCCGCUUGUCGUUGACCUUUCACACAAGGCCGCGGUUGAGGCCGCAGCUGAGCAGGUCCGACGCGCCGAGGUUGCGCUCGACGGCUUCUGGGGCAGAGUGAAGGUCGAGCUCGAGAGAGCUGGCGGUAUGACGGGCGCCAUCAGAGACACUUUUUCCAGCCCGCUGCGUCGUUUUGCCAGCACGGCCGCGGCCGCGGCCACGGCAGCCAGUGCUAAGGGACAGGUCAAGGCAAAGAGCUCCAAGACGAACGGCGCCGCAGCCAAGGUUAACGGCGAGCAGGGCCAUAUUAACUACGCCUUCAUCGAGUCCUACAUACCCAACCGGAGGCGGGAAGGGCAAAGAAAGAGAUGGGAGUAUCUUGGAGAGGACGAAGCGCACGUGUGGCGCAUCGUGGUGCCCAAGCCACCCGCGAGCGCAUCAGCCCUACAAAAGCCCGGUCCCUACCCGCGACUCGGCCCGCACCAUGUCCGCGAGCACAGACCGUGCUGA